AUGGUGGCGACGCCCAGGUUCCACGUGACGCAGGACGCCGCGUGGGUCUUCGUGCACGUGCACGUGCCGUUCGUGCGCGUGUCCGAGAUGGAGUUCUACGUGGACGGCCUGGACUUCACCUUCUACUGCAAGCCGUACCUGCUCAAGCUGCACUUCCCGCACGAGGUGGUGGACGACGAGCUGGCCAAGGCCGUGUACGACCCGAACAAGGACAACGGCAUGAUUGUGGUGCAUCUGCCCAAGAAGGAGGCUGGCCAGCACUUCCCGGACCUCGACAUGCUCACCAAGCUGCUGCAGUCACAGCGGCCGCCGGUGGAUGUCAAGGCGAAAACUCAACGGAAAGCGCCACUGAUCGAAGUGUUGGAGUCGUCGGGCCCUGGACCGAUUGGGACCUUCCAGGAGGAGUCGGACAGGUUGAAUGCGUUGAUCGACGGCAAACCGGUUCCUAGUAGUGACAAUGGGGAAGCGGCUGCUGCGGAG